AUGCAAGACAAAGAUCCUAAGAUAUAUCCUGAUUAUCUAGAUUCACCAGAGGUCAAACAAUCUUUUGGACUGAUAGAUGAAAGUAUCAAAAAUGGUGUAGAAUAUUUCGUAUAUACCUCAGGAGAUAGAGGAGGGAACGAACAUUCUUGGGAAAACCAAACUACUGUCCCUCACUUCCGAACAAAAUAUCAUAUCGAACGAUAUCUCCUUGAUCAAAUCAAGGAGGAUGGUAGUACGAUGAAAUGGACUAUAUUUAGACCAGUAAUGUUCUACGAGAAUCUACAACCUACCUUCGACAUCAAAAUCUUUAUGACUGCUUAUAGAGAUAUUUUAAAAGAUAAGAAAUGUCAAUGGAUAUCAACUAUUGAUAUUGGUAUAUUCAUCUCGAAAGCUUUCCUCAACCCUGAAGAAUAUAAUGGAAAAGCGAUAUCCCUAGCAGCAGAUGAAUUCACAUUCGAGGAGUUGAAUGAGAAAUUCAGAAAGGUCACAGGGAAAGGUGUACCGGUUACAUUUGGACUUUUGGGAAAGACGCUUGGAUUGGCUGCGAGGGAUUAUCAGUUGAUGUUGGAGUGGUUUAGAGAUGAUGGAUAUAAUGUAGAUUUGGAGCAAUGUAGGAGGAUACAUCCUCAGAUGAUGAGCGUGGAGGAGUGGUUGAGGGAGAAGAGCGUUUAUCCUAAGAAGGUAUAG